AUGUGCAACUUGUCCUCAUUCAAGCCCGCGAAAUCCCAAAACAGCCUACUACCUCCAGCACUGCACCUUCCAAUCGUCAGCUCGCUCACAGCAUUCUCCGAGCUCCCGCAGCUCCUCAACAACAAUGCUUCAACCACGGUUACCAGCUUCACGCUCAUCCUCGUCCACCUCAGUACUAGUCUCUCCUCUCUCACCAUCCACCAACUUAUACCCGUCACUCCCAAGACGCAGGUCCGACACGCCCAACACGCCUCCCAAGGCCGCGCAAACGGCCCCUCCGACUCCGCCGGCCGCCGCCUGGGCCUGAAAAAAGGCAACACCGAACACGUCAUCCCCGGCAACAUCAUCUUCAAGCAGCGCGGCACGAAAUGGCAUCCGGGGGAGAACGGCUAUGUGCGGUACUACAGAAAUCCAGCGGCGCACCCGACGAGGAGGUAUAUUGGGGUGGCGCUGGCCAGGGAGGGGAAGGAGAGUGUGUUGCCGAGUCCGCGGAAUGCGCCGACGCGGAGGAGGGUUGGGAUGCUGGCGGUUCCUAUCAAAGUUGCGGAGACGGCGGAGGAGGCGAGGGGGUUCUUGGAACAGCACGCUGUCGGUGGGAGUGGGCCAGCAGGUCCGGAUGGGUCACCGAGGCCUGUUGGGCAUGCUGCGCCUGGGACACCGGUGAAGCCGGCGCCGAUUAUGAGGUACAAGGGCUACAGAAUCGCAAACGUGCAGCUGGCAAGAGAUGCGGUGGACGAGCAAGUCCAGGUCAGGCCGUUUGAUAGGAAGGACAGGUGGAAGGCAUGGAGAGUGAGGGCGCUGAAGUUCAAGAAUAAGCGGCAUUCGAGGGCGACGAGGGCUGCUGGGAAGCUGGGGAAGACUAAAGGCGGGACGAGGGCGCCGGCGAAGGGGACUAAGCGGCCGGCUAAGCGGUGA